CCUUCGGGACAGCAUGAAUGGGAUGGGCGGGGCGGUCCCUUCCCAAGCGGCGCUGCCAUUGGCUCCGCCGCUCCCCCGUGGCCCCGCCCCUCCAUCAGCCGCGCGCUAUAAUUGGCGCUGCGGGGCGCGGGCUCCGCUGUCCGCCCGCAGGGUCCCGCCGCCGCCGGUCCGUCCCCGCCGCCCCACGCUAUGAAGGUCGCUGCCGUUGUCCCGUCGCCGCUGCCCGCGGGCGCCGGUGGCGCGCUGAAGGCGGUGCGGCCCGGGGAGGCCGCCCGCUGCGGGCCGGGGCCGGGGGCGUCCCCGGGGGCGGCGGAGCAGGCGGCCGCCGCGCUGCUCUACGACAUGAAGGGCUGCUACUCGCGGCUGCGGGCGCUCGUCCCGACCCUGCCGCGGCACCGGCGGGUCUCCAAGGUGGAGCUGCUGCAGCACGUUAUCGACUACAUCUGGGACCUGCAGCUGGCGCUGCAGCGAGGGCCCCCCCGCCCCGCCGCCGCCGCCGGGGACCCCCCCGAGGCUCCGUGCGUGCCCGCUGCCGACCGGAUCCUCUGCCGCUGAGACCGUUCCGGACCCGCCGCGGACAUCCCGGGACCGUGGCCGCCUGCAUCCCGGGUCCCCCCGGGGGGGGGAUCCCCCCCGCAGCCCGGGCCGGGGGUGCUGCCCGAUGUAUCCUUCUCAGAUUGCUGAGAGCAUUCCCCGUAUUGUAUAUUACAAUGAUGCUGGAGAAUAUUGUUCUACAAUAGCUGGAGUUUUGUUAUUAAACAAGCCCUGAUGACCA